GAAGUGGGUGAUUCACUCGAUCAACAACAUUGCAAACUUGUCAUCUGUUCUUGUUUUUAGGAAGCUUACUCCUUGCUUUUUGUCAAUCUAAAUCUGAAAAAUUAUUUUAAACUUGAAAAAUCUUGAAAUUCAUAGUUUCAUAUCCGUUCACAAUAUAAAGGCUUGUUUUAACACCAACUAAUACGUCAAUAAUUUCGUCCCAAUACGUCUCAUUGUCUCAAUCAUAAACAUAAAUCAACAAAUUAAGUUCAUUUCAUUACUGUCCCCUCUUUGUCUUUAAUUGGUACUUUUCUUUAAAAAAUACUGUAAAAAUGAAUCGUCUCUUUGGAAAAGGAAAGGACAAGGCACCCCCUCCUGAUCUGGGGGCUUGUAUUUCAAAUGUGGACAAGCGAGCUGAAGAUAUGGAUAAAAAGGCAGCACAGUGUGAAGGCGAGUUGAGAAAAAUUCGAGAACAAAUGAAGAAAAUGAGGGAUGGUCCGGCGAAAAACGCUUUAAAGCAAAAGGCUCUAAGGAUUCUGCAACGAAAGAAAAUGUUCGAUAAUCAGUCAGACAGUUUUAGAUCACAAUCCUUCAACAUGGAACAAGCAACUAUGGCGUUGCAGACUGCAAAGGACACCCAAGUUGUCGUGGCUGGGAUGAAAGCUGGAGUUAAAGAAAUGAAAAAAGAGUUUAAAAAGAUUGAUGUGGAUAAAAUUGAGGACUUGCAAGAUGAAUUGGCAGACGUUCUUGAGAUAUCUGAGGAUGUACAGGAGGCACUGGGGCGCAGUUACAAUAUCCCUGAUGUUGACGAAGACGAGUUGGAGGCCGAAUUGGAUGCACUGGGUGAUGAAAUUGCACUUGAUGAUGACACCUCAUAUUUGGACGAAGCUGUUCAUGCUCCUAAUGCUCCAGAUAAGGAGCCCUCAAGACCCGGUGCUGUUAGAAAUACGGAUGGAGUUCCUGUCGAUGAGUUUGGGCUCCCCCAGGUCCCAGCAACAUAAAAUUAUCAGAACUAUUACAACUUUACUACUUAUUAUCUUACUUUCAUUAAUGUUGAUCCAACCAGCCCUUUUUCAUUUGUGAAAGCUUAUUGCCAGUGAAAAUUUUGUAAAAUGCACGCAAGUUCCCAUUUACAUGGAAUGCUAUUAGAGCUGGCGAAUUCUACAAUAUUUAAUAACCAGUAUAUAUAAUAAAUUAAUAACAUGAAAGAUGAA